AGACAUGACCGCCCCAACGCAGCAACCGCAGCCUUCCCCAAUGCUGGAGAGGCAGCCAGACAGGCAGCCUGAUAAAAGUUCUGAAGCGAGUCCGGCGCUGAGGGAUGACGUCACGGCAUCAUGGCCGCCCCCGUGAGGCUCCCACGUGGUGGGAUUUCCCGGAAGCGUCGCUGUGCAGUGUCUGGUCAGUCAUGAAGCUCAAGCGAGGUUCAAGUAAGUUUAAGACUCCAUCCAAACUUAAGCGAAGAGGCAUCAAAGUGACAGGGACAUGGAAGCCCAUUGAGAUAGACCCAAAUCUCUUUGCCGACGAGCAACUUGGAGGCUUAGUAUGCUUUGAGGAGCUUACCGAUUAUAAUCUGGUGUCUUCCUCAAAAGCGGGAGAAGAAAAUGCCAAGGGGAGAAAAUCUAGUAGGAGGCCUGGAGAAGAGGAAGAACAUAGCACAAUUCCCAAAAAGAAGAGGAAGAAGGAGAAAAAUCUGGAACAGGAGGUGAGGAGUGGUGAUGAACCCAAAGUGAAGGAACUGGUAACAACUGAGCAGGAGGCUGAAUGUAAAGAGGCCACCCCUAGCUUUGAGCAAGAUGAGAGAGUGGAAGGAGACACCACAAUCCUGAAAAGGAAAGCGAAGAAAAAGAGGAAGAGAGAGUUGAAGAAGAAAACAUGUCCUCCCCAAGAUGUUGCUGAACCAGCUAAAGCUUCUAAAAAGGCUAAAAACUGGACGGCAGAAGUCCUGUCUUUAUCUUCAGGUCAGGAAGUGGACAUGUCUGCAUGGAAAGGCCUUUUCGUUCCUAAGCCUGUUCUUCAGGCACUGAGUGAAUUAGGGUUCAGUGCGCCAACUCCGAUUCAGGCCCUGGCUCUGCCUUCUGCGAUUCGAGAUGGCAUGGACAUCCUUGGAGCUGCGGAGACAGGAAGUGGUAAGACUCUUGCCUUCGCCAUUCCAAUGAUCCAUUCCAUUCUGCAGUGGCGCAAGUCAACAGGACUGGCAAGUGGAAGGGACAGCCAGCUUGACGAAGGAGAGGAUGGUGAGGAUGAGGUACCCAAGCAGGAAGAGAGUGUGGAUACAGGAGGCUUGAGCCCUGAUGGGGGUGAAGCUAGUGGCGAUGACGAUGGCGACGGUGACAAGUCUUUGGCAGCAGGAAACCUGAAGGUGUUGGAGGGUGCAGAACGUGAUCUGGGUUCCCCAAAACCUAAUGCUGCUGCACAUAGAAACAAUCCUCUUCUGGGAUUGGUCUUGACUCCUACAAGAGAACUUGCUGUCCAAGUGAAGCAUCACAUUGAUGCGGUGAACAGAUUCACAGGCAUUAAGGCAACCAUUCUUGUUGGAGGAAUGGCAUCUCAGAAGCAGCAGCGAGUUCUGAAAAGGAAGCCCGAGAUUGUAAUCGCGACCCCGGGGCGCCUGUGGGAGCUAAUACAGGAGAAGCAGCCACAUCUCUCAAACCUGCGGCAACUCAGGUGCCUGGUGAUCGACGAAGCGGACCGGAUGGUGGAGAGGGGGCAUUUCGAGGAACUCUCUCAGUUGCUGGAAAUGCUGAGCGACUCGCAAUAUAACCCAAAACGCCAGACGUUUGUCUUUUCUGCCACCCUGACUUUGAUCCACCAGGCUCCGACUAGGGUUCUCCACAAGAAGAGAGCUGUCAAAAUAGACAAGAAGACCAAGCUGGAAAUGCUGAUGGAAAAAGUUGGCAUCAAGGGCAAGCCCAAAGUGAUAGACUUGACCAGGAAAGAGGCCACCGUGGAGACUCUCACCGAGACCAGGAUCCACUGCGAUACAGAGGAGAAAGACUACUACCUGUAUUAUUUCCUCCUUCAGUACCCAGGCAGAACCAUGGUUUUUGCUAAUAGUAUAGAUUGCAUCAAGCGGCUCACUGCCCUCCUGACGAUAUUGGACUGCAACCUCCUGCCUCUUCAUGCAAACAUGCACCAAAAGCAAAGGUUGAAAAACCUGGAGAGGUUUGCUGAACGCAACAGCUGUGCCCUCUUGACAACAGAUGUUGCCGCUCGUGGUCUUGACAUUCCUCACGUGCAGCAUGUCAUACAUUACCAGGUUCCUCGCACCUCUGAGAUUUACGUGCACAGAAGCGGCAGGACCGCCAGAGCUGCCAAUGAGGGCCUGAGCUUGCUUCUGAUUGGCCCAAGCGACAUGAUGAAUUUCAAAAGGAUUUACAAGACGCUGGAGAAGAACGAAGAGCUUCCUUUUUUCCCAGUCGAAACAAAAUGCAUGACGGCAAUCAAGGAGCGGGUGAACUUGGCAAGAAAGAUUGAGAAGAUGGAAUAUUUCAACAGCCGAGCGAAGCAGCACAACUCAUGGCUCCAGCAAGCUGCAGAAGCACUGGAGCUUGAUUUAGAUGAUGAUGAGCUUAUAGGAGGCCGACCCGACGAGCAAAAUGAGAGUGAAAAACAGAAGAUGCUAAAGGGAAUGAAGAAACAUCUGAAACACUUGCUCUCUCAGUCCGUUUUUAAAAGCUUGAUGAAGACCAAAUACCCAACCCAGUCUGGGAAACUGCUCUUGUCCGAUAUUUCGGAAGAACGUUCUCAGUCUGCGUUGGACACCAUGUCAAAAGCAAAAGCGAAGAAGAAGAUGAAGAAGAAACCACAGCAAAAUGCAUAGAAGUUAAAGAAGUGAUGGGACAUUUCAGGGGUGCAAGAUAAGGAACACUUAAUUCUCCCCUUCUCAGCCACUGGAUGCUCAGACCCCUUUUAAGCACAGACCUGUUCUAGAAUGAUUGCUGCUUCCUCUCCUGUUGCUGCUCUCAAGUCAGUCAACGUGCAUGUACAGACACACACCCACACCCACAUGGUUCUUCUUGGUGCUGAGUUUACCUGACAUGCAGGUGAUGUCCAGUGUUUUGUGUAAAACAUGCCACCUGAAAGAACCAGGUGAGUGGAAAUCAUUGCAUGUGAUUGGGGUUGUGUGGAAGCAACUGCAGAGGUAGCAGUGAGCCCAGAGGAGCAGGUAAGCAUAAAUGUGUGUGUAUCAGUUCUGUAUCCUUUUAAUCAAGUUCAUUUAUUCAUUUAAGUUGCAGGGUGUUGCAGGGCAUUGCAUAUGCGUUUCUAAAGAAAACCCUAUGUUUGUAAUUCUUCGAAUUUUGCAUUAGCAUUUGAUGCUUUAAAUCGUAGCAGCCGUGGGGAAUCUUCUCUUCUGCGGAAAGAAGAAAUUAAAACAUGUCGGGGGGGGAAUAGACUGUACCCUAAAGUAAAUUAGAGAAUGAAUUUCUUCCUGCUCUUAACUUGCCCAGCUGAAGUCUUUAUUAAAAUAUUUGUAAAACUUU